GUGUGUCCGAGCGCGCGAGGCCGGGAGAGCGCGGCCCUGCGGGCUCCUCCCCGAGCUUGCAUCACCAGUGCCCCCCUUCCCUCCCCGCUUUGGCCCCUCCUCCAUCCCUCUCCCUGCCCAGCCUAGUUCGGCUGGUUCUCGGGGGAAGCUAUUAAUAGCAUUACGUCAGCCUGGGACUGGUAACCCGGAGUAAACGGGCACACCGCCAGCUGGAGGGCUAUAAAAGGGGUGAUGCAACGGUCGCCGAGCCACAGUCGCACGCAGGGAGGCGCGCAGUGCACAGCGCUCUCCCGGCGCCGCCGCCCGAACCCGAGCCGACCCGCCAGCCCGCGCGCCGGCCGUGAGUCCUCGGGGCUCGCCCGCCCGCCCCGCAGACAGACAGCCAGACCCCGCCCCGACCCUGCCCGCCCUCUGGACCCUGGCCGCCCCGAGUGGAGACCGGAGGUGAGCGCUGGAGCCGACAAAAUGAUGCUUCAACACCCAGGCCAGGUCUCUGCCUCGGAAGUCAGUGCCUCUGCCAUCGUCCCCUGCCUGUCCCCUCCUGGGUCACUGGUGUUUGAGGAUUUUGCUAACCUGACACCCUUUGUCAAGGAAGAGCUGAGGUUCGCCAUCCAGAACAAGCACCUCUGUCACCGGAUGUCCUCUGCACUGGAGUCGGUCACUGUCAGCGGCAGACCCCUGGAGAUGGCAGUCACGAAAACUGAGGUAGCCCCGGAAGAAGACGAAAGGAAAAAGAGGCGGCGGGAAAGAAAUAAGAUUGCAGCUGCCAAGUGCCGCAACAAGAAGAAGGAGAAGACAGAGUGCCUGCAGAAGGAGUCGGAGAAGCUGGAGAGCGUGAAUGCCGAACUGAAGGCCCAGAUCGAGGAGCUCAAGAAUGAGAAGCAGCAUUUGAUAUACAUGCUCAACCUUCAUCGGCCCACGUGUAUUGUCCGGGCUCAGAAUGGGCGGACUCCAGAAGAUGAGAGAAACCUUUUUAUCCAACAGAUUAAAGAAGGAACAUUGCAAAGCUAAGCAGUUGUGGUAUGGGGGCAAUUGGGGAGUCCUCAUUGAAACCUUCUACAUCCCAAACCCUGAAGCCAUUGGAGAUCUGACUUCCUGUGCACCUCUCGCAUCCCAGCAGUGAAGCACCAUCGAGGCAGAAGAGCCCUUGGUGACUCAGCUGGGCCUUUCCUCUCUGCACCAGAGUGGACUUUGGACCGGGGCAAGGGCAUCUUUUGUCUUAACUCCAGGAUUUAGGCCUUAACCAUCCUGGCUAUUCUUGGAUGCUGCAGAUGGCCCCUGGUUAGGGUCCUGCUCAUCUUUUGCCUGGAUUCUACAAAAACAAACAAACAAACAAAUAAAGCCAGGACUCUCACCAUAGGACUCAUGCUGAAGAAGUGUCUGCACAUUGGGUGGGUGGAGUGGGGCCACCUCCUGAGCUGCCACUGCCACUGCCACCAUCACAUAUAGGGACACAGAGUGAGAACGGCAUUUAGCGAAGUUGUACAAUGGCCAGGGUUGUGCUUUCUAGCAAACAUGCUGUUAUGUACAGGAAUUACUGUGUGCAAGGCAUUUGUUUCAAAGCUAGGCAUUGUGUUCUUCUGAUGUUUGUUUUGCACAACACUGGUGUGAUUUUCCUCAGAUCUGGUUUCUGAGGGUUUGGUGGGGGAGGCGGCUACCACCAUAUGCAGUGUCUUACAAAAUGCUGAGGUGGCCGCAAGAGCUCAUCAGCCCCGGGAGAACAGAAUUCUGCUGGCGAGCAGCGUAGUUUUGUGCCAACAGAGAAAGCUGCCUUUCCCUCGGCGCCCAGGCAUUAACGCAGAAUUUGUGGGCAUGACUGUAGGCCCUCUGUUGCAAACUCAGUUACAAUGUCACAGGAAGAAAGCAGAAAGAAAGUCCAACUUCCAAAGGGUUAGGACUCUCCCCUCGGUGACUUAGGUCAGGAGUUCUUUCUAGGCCAGAAGAGCCAAAGAAUAUUCCAUUUUCCUUUUCUUGCAGUUGAAAACCACAUCCAGUGGAGACAAGUUUGAAGCCAGGUGAUGCCUGGGUUUUAGCAUUAUUGGGUGUUAGUGGCAUUGUUUGUCAUGCAGAUGUUGGCAGAAAUCUGGCCCAGAGCAUUUAUAACUGUGAGAGGUCAUUCACACUGGCCACAGGACUCUGGCUACUGUCUGUUUAAAUUCUGAUGUUUCUGUGAAAUCCUCAGAGUGUUCAAUCCUACUCGGUAGUAUCAUUACAAUUUUUAUGUAAGAGGAAAUAUUACUUAUUUAUCCUAGUAUUCCUAACCUGUCGAUAUAAUAAAUAUUGGAACCAAGACAUGGUAAACUUAA